AUGGCACGACUGCUCCUCCUCGUCCUGGCCACCUCACUCGUUGCGCUGGCGUCGUGCCAACGUCUUCCGGUGCUCGCACCGGUCACCAAGGACCCCGCCACCUCCCUCUACACAAUCCCCUUCCACCAGGGCGCCAGCCUCGUCCUUGACAUCGCCGGCCCGCUCGUUUGGUCCACGUGCCAGCGCGGCGAUCUGCCGACAGACAUCCCGUGCAGUAGCCCCACCUGCCUCCUUGCCAACGCCUACCCGGCCCCGGGCUGCCCCGCGUCCAGCUGCGGCAGCGACAGGCACCACAAGCCGUGCAAGGCGUACCCAUACAACCCGGUCACCGGCGCCUGCGCCGCCGGGAGCCUCGCCCGCACGACGCUCGUAGCCAGCACCACCAACGGGAAUUACCCGGUGAGCGAGGUGAACGUCCGGGUCCUGGCGGCGUGCGCGCCGAGGAAGCUCCUGGCGUCGCUGCCCCGGGGCUCCACUGGCGUGGCCGGGCUCGGGGGCUCCGGCCUGGCGCUGCCGGCUCAGGUGGCGUCCACCCAGAAGGUCGACAACAAGUUCCUCCUCUGCCUCCCCAGCGGCGGCCCUGGCGUGGCCAUCUUCGGCGGCGGCCCGCUCCCGUGGCCGCAAUUGACGCGAUCGAUGCCGUACACGCCGCUCGUCACCAAGGGCGGCAGCCCCGCGCACUACAUCUCCGUCAAGGCCAUCCAAGUGGAGGACACCCGCGUCUCCGUCUCAGAGCGCGCGCUCGUGAUGCUCAGCACGAGGCUGCCCUACGCCAUGCUCCGCCGGGACGUGUACCGCCCAUUGGUGGACGCGUUCACCAAGGCCCUAGCGGCGCAGCCUGCCAACGGAGCGCCCGUGGCGCGCGCCGUGAAGCCUGUGGCGCCGUUCGAGCUGUGCUACGACACGAAGUCGCUGGGCAACAACCCCGGCGGGUACUGGGUGCCGAACGUCGGGCUGGCGCUCGACGGCGGGAGUGACUGGUGGAUGACUGGGAAAAACUUCAUGGUGGACGUCAAGCCGGGGACGGCGUGCGUUGGGUUCGUGGAGAUGAAGGGGGUGGAUGCCGGCGCCGGCAGGGCGCCGGCGGUGAUACUCGGAGGAGCCCAGUUGGAGGAACUCGUGCUCGACUUCGACAUGGAGAAGAAGCGGCUCGGGUUUCUCAGGCUGCCACACUAUAUGGAUUGCAGCAGAUUCAAUUUCACUCGAAGCGCUUAG